AGUGAUUAAAAAAAAAGAAUAUUGUUAAAUCUGCCAUUUGUCAAAAUUGUCAUAUUUAUCAAUGCAAAUUUUUCGAGUAUAACCUCAAUAAGUUAAAAAGACGAGUUUUAUUAAAUUUUGUCUAAAAUAAUGGCUUUAAUUAGCGUGAGAAAUUUUUUAAAGUGCGGACACUCAUUAGCAGAUUCCAUAAUAUUCAAUUCCAGGAGUAUAGUAGUCUCGUCGAAUAGAAAUAAUACCGUCGCACCGAGUGAAAAGAAACCCGACACAGACGCUGGAAAAUCCGAAAUUAAUCCAGAAAUAGAAAGCUUGAAUAAACAAAUUAUCGAAUUAGCUAGUCAAAAAGAUGAACUCUUGGAUAAAUACAAAAGGGCGCUAGCAGAUGGAGAAAAUCUCAGGAAUAGACUAACAAAACAAAUAUCAGAAGCUAAAAUUUACGGCAUUCAAAGUUUUUGCAAAGAUUUGUUAGACGUAGCAGAUGUGUUGAACAAAGCCACUGAAACUGUACCCAAAGAAGAAUUAAACAAGAACUCACAUCUGAAAAGUUUGUAUGAAGGUCUGACAAUGACCGAAGCACAACUUAUGAGUGUUUUUAAAAGGCACGGAUUGGAACAAGUCAAUCCAAUUGAUGAAAAGUUUAAUCCAAAUUUUCAUGAAGCCCUUUUUACACAGGACGUAAAAGAUAAAGAAUCUGGUACUGUUGUUAUUGUUUCAAAAAUUGGUUACAAACUCCAUGAGAGGGUUGUUAGGCCAGCACUAGUUGGAGUUGCAAAAUGAGAUAUAACUCAUUUAUAUUCUAGAUAUUUUUCUAUUUAUAAGUUUGUAUUGGUCCAAAAUGUGAUGCUGAUUAUCUCACAGUGACUAAGAAUUUUUAUUUACUACAAAUUUCAAUCAUUUUUGUAAAAAAUUGUCAUUAAAGUGUAAUUAUUGUUA